AUGAGCUCUUCCCAUGUCAAAGUUGACCGGUUGGCUUGUCAUGUCUUUGUUGCUUCUGUAGCGCCGCAGAAACUGUGAAUUCAUGUGUGGAGCCGAUGGAAAAUAAGCCGCUACUGUCACACGAGAGGAAAGCUUAAACCUUACCCGCACAAGUCCAAAGACCCUAAAGAUGGAAGAAAAGCUGAACGGAUCUCUGCCUGUUGUCUCCCCGGAGUAUCUUCAUCAGUGGGUUCGGUCCGCCCAGCAGUUCCAGGCUCUCCAGGCCCAGUACGCCAGCCUCAACCCUCAGCAUCAGUUUCACUACCCAGAGAAUCCGCCUGCAGAGGCAGCCGUGGCACACAUGGCCGCCCCAGAACCCACGACGGAGCAGAUGGCGCCGGCUGACCUCACCAAACCUCCAGCUAAAAAGAGAGGGAGACCAGCCCAACCCAAGGAACCAGGCGUACCGAAGCCUCCCAAAGUCCCCAAAGUCCCUAAAGUCCCCAAAGUCCCCAAAGCACCAAAACCCCCUAAACCCCCCAAGGACCCGAAUGCACCUAAAGCUAAGCCAGGUCCAAAACCCAAGAAGGCCGCUGAGGCUCAGGGUGAGGGAAAGCAGGAGAAGAUUGAUGAGAGCUUCAAGAAGGUGAAAAGGAAAGUGGACCGCUUCAAAGGGAUGACGGAGGAGGAGGUCAUGAAGAAGACGUUGCCCGACCUGCUGGAUUACAACCUGGACUAUGUCAUUAUUGGUAUAAAUCCAGGACUCAUGGCAGCUUUUAUCGGCCGGUGGUUUCCAGGUCCUGGGAAUCAUUUUUGGAAAUGUUUGUAUCUGUCUGGAUUUACAGAGGAGCAACUGAACCACAUGCAUGACACAACACUGCCUGUUAAAUACAAAAUGGGCUUCACCAAUAUGGUAUCCAGGGCCACACCAGGGAGCAAAGACCUCUCCAGUAAAGAAUUGCGAGAAGGCGGCAAAAUUCUUGUGGAGAAGUUAAAGAAGUACAGACCCCUCAUUGCUGUGUUCAACGGGAAAUGUAUCUAUGAAAUGUUCUGCAGGGAGCUGUUUGGCAAAAAGCCGCAAAAGCUUGAAUUUGGUUUGCAGCCGCACAAGAUCCCAGAAUGUGACGUGGCCUUGUACCUGAUGCCUUCCUCCAGCGCUCGUUGUGCCCAGUUUCCUCGAGCUCAGGACAAGGUUCACUUCUACAUCAAACUGAGAGAGCUCAGAGAUCACCUGAAGGGCAUCCGCAAAGCCACUGAGAUCGAGGAGGUCAACUACACAUUUGAUCUGAAGUUAGCUAAGGAGGAUGCCAAGAGGUUAGCAAUAAAGGAGGAGCAGUACGACCCGGGAUACGAAGACGCCUACGGCGGAGCGUAUGUGGCGGGAGGCGCUGAAGGAGGCCAGCCUGAAAGCCAGACCAACGGCCACUGUACGUUCACCUCUACCCCAGCCUCAGAAGGAGCACAAGAGGCGAGCACGUCCCAGUCAGAGGGCCAGCUCCCAGACGGACAGUGGAUGACCCAGUCGUUUGCUGAUCAGAUUCCUACCAUAGGCAGCGGACCGAACGACGGCAGCGUGUGAGGAGGACAAGAAGAGCCCUCGUAGGCUUCCAGAGACACCAGCUAACUCACUUUUUAGACCUCAGUUAGUUAGAUCUUAAAUGUUUCCUUUUUAGCAAGGUGCAUUAUAUACACUUUUAGGAGUUUUUUUUUUUUUUUUAAAUGGCAGAAUGUUUCUUCUGCCCGGUUUAUUUUUGUUUGUUUUUUUACAUAUAUGAUGGUCUUCACUGCAGGCUGUUUAAAUAUGUGAUAUCAGGGACAUGACUCACUGUCUUUGAAGAAAUGUGUGUAUUUAAGCAUUUGUUUUUAUCUCUGUGAACUGCACUGUGCUGCAGUUGAAUCAACAUUAUAGUCUACUGUUUAACAGUAGACCAAACAGGUGACCUUGAAGCUUGACUUCUCUGUGUGAGGCGGUGCAAUCCUCUGCAGGGAGGGAGGAUGGACUCAGCAUCACUGCUGCAUUUAUGGUGCUAUGAACUGAUGAAAUGCAAAAUUCUGACUUGUUAAAACCGCACACAUCAAUGCCGUGGGUCCCACAGCUGGACCUCACGAGCCUUUUAAUGUUACACAGCUUAUAAUGGUUUUCAUUAUUCGUUUUUUUCUUUAGAUGCUUUAGCAUUAUGGCGUUUAUUAAAUUUCCAUGUCACUGAAUUAUAUGAAACAUUUCUUGAUUAAAAUGUUAUUCUUCUGCCCCA